UAACCAACCAAAUAAACAGUUUAAUAUCUCUCUUUGGGAUGUUUCAGGGGCCCUCUGAAACACCCCAAAGCUAGCUAGAUGUCAAGGGAAAUUUAAAAGAAUUCAAUUCAGGAAGUUUUAUCAAAAAGAUUAAUUAAAAGCUUUACCUAAUUGGCUCUAACCAGUUUUUUAUGACUGUGUCAUUUUUAACAAAAUCUAUUUAUUUAACUAAUUGUAAUCUAAUUUUAGAAAAUCCUGAUCAUGCAUAACUCUUUUUAGUAUUUUUUAACACUUUUUUUUUUUUUUUUUUUUUACUGAAAGGAUACUUCUUGCUUUCUUUUACCAACCAAGAGCUAACUUUUAUAUUAGCAUUUUAUAGAUUGGUGAGCAUAAAUACCAGUGAUAAUUUUUAAAACCCUUGUUUUCUUAAAACAUUUUAGGAUGGCAUCAAACGUUAUUCAUUUAUAGUCUCAAAUCUCUUUAGUUUUUCUGUAAAAGGAAAUCAGUGUUUAGUAGUAAAUGUUUCAAAAUCUUAUUUCAUUUGGAAAUGACCUAAUUAUUUAAUAGACUUCCAAUACUUAGUUUAGCACAACCCUUAGAAAUUCAAGUUACGCCAAUCUGGGGAGACUGUUGUAGACAGAUAUUCUUAAAGAAUAAUUAUUUUUAAUAGAGUUUAUAUAGAAACUCAUACCUCAUUUACAUUUUCUACAAGUUUUUUUUUUUACUCAAGGUAAUUUUGUCGACAAACUUGUAACAGGUAUAAUAUUUAACUUAUAUUAAACCUAGGUACAAUGGAAAUAUUUCACUUGAUGUUAAUUACUCUCAGACAUGUCUGUAUUAGAUAGGGCAACAAACAAACAAACAUUAAUAUCAGGUAUUUAAUACUGAAUAUUUCUCAGUUCACCUGAACCUGGAAUUUAUUGUUUAAUUUAGAAUUAUUAGAUUUGUAAGCUCUUACCCCCCCUUUUUUAAGCCAAUUAAAUAGAGCUCAUUUACAAAUUAACCUAAAAAUAUUUUUCAGAGACAAAGACAUACCAAAACAUAUUUAGACAGACACAGUGCAAGAUCUAUCUUCAUUUUCUAAGUUUGGUCAUAAAUUAGAUAUUACAAUAUAAAAUUUAAACAAAUAACAUUUUUAAAGGCUUUUUUUCUUUCUUUCUUUUUUUUUUUUUCUCUCAGUCUCAGAUGGUCUAAAUAAGUGUUCUUGAGAGCCCUGGUCUCAAGGCACAGGGAAAGAAAAUCAAGUUUUAACAAAAUGGCGGCAGGUCUAAAUGUUGGUCAGACAAAGCAAAAUAGCCGUCACAAAUCACAGCACAGAACAGAGUUAAAACACACAUAUAAACCUGGAAGUCUUCAUCAGACACUCCCUUAAAUACAAGAAUACAGUCUCUCAGAAAACCUUCUAUAGAGACGCAAAACUUCAGAUGUCUUCAAAGAUUUUAAAAGGAGGAAAAAAAGCCAGGUUGAAAGAAGAAGGAGGAGGAGGCGGGAAAGAGGGGCAAAAGGGGUGGACUUACAGACGUCUCCUGCCACCUCCAGACACCCAGGCAUUGCGGGACUUUUCCCUGGGCUUCCAGAGAAGGGAGGACUGGAACUCGGCCCUGCCAGAAACCAGAUCAGAAAAUUCGAGUUCUCUGCCCAGAGGAGGUGAUCAGUCUCCAACCCUCAGCUCAAGCUGAGGCCCUUCGACCAGAUUCCUGCGUCCAGGACCGGGGGACUAGAAAAACGGGAAGGAUAGGACGGCUAAGGAGAGGACAGAGAGAGGGAAGGGGAGAGAGGUUAAUGAAGUCUCUUGUUCCUUACCGGUCGGGGCACUCUGGCCAGUUGUCCGCGUCAGGAGGAGACCAGGGACAAAAGGGUCCCAUUUGCGGCCGCUGGGUCUGGUCCGUUGGCAGACAAGCUGGCCCCUGAGUACUCUGGCCCCUGAAUCCAGUUACUAAGGUAAGCGGAGAGCAUCUGGAUUGGGCCUGUCCCCUCGUCAGUCAGUCACACAAUGAACAAACAAGACCACACUCCAGACAAACAACAGAGCGCGCAAUCCCGAGAAAGUACAGAGUGUGUCCGCGCAGAUGCACCUGCUGUUAUUGCUUACCGGCCGUUCGUCCUCCGAAGCGCGGGUCCUGAAGGGCUCGGGGGAUCCCGGACGAGCCCCCAUAUGUUGUACCCGGAUUGCGGAAUUCCCCCAAACACGACAGGAGCCGCGGAUCGAUGCAAAAGCAGUGAGGAGCUUUAUUACAAGCUGGAGCAGGGAUCCUCUUCACACAAUGGCCGCCUUAAUGCCCGAUCCAGGGCCGGGUGAAGUUCCUGCAGCAGCCGCUGCUCUGCCGCCAGCUCUCCCGGAGGUCCUAGAGCCGCCGUUUUUGCAGGCUCCGAUCCCGGUGACAGAAGCCUCUGGCCAACACUGCCAGGAUCCGGCUCCAACCGAACCGUCCAAGCUAUACCCGCCUCUCCCGGUGAGGACUGACCAGAAGGGGAGGGAGACGUUGGAAUUAAGCAGAGACCGCGCUCUGCCAGAGAGCCGGAGGGAACCAAAGAGAACAGACAAGAGACUUACAGUGCAAGCUGCUGCUCUGGGAAAGUCUGUCUCCGGCCCUCCAGAAAACCUCACCUGCCCCAGGGACAGGACAGUCCUUCAGCCGGUCCCAAGGGAGGCCCCGGUCCCCGUUACGGCCAAACCAGUGUGCCCGGUGCAAGCUUUUGGCCACUGGAAGAAUGAAUGCCCUAAGGCAAGGAAGGAAGAGGAAGUUCCUGCAGUUGUGGGGCUUGCUGACUUGGAAAUUAACUAGGGCUGCCAGGGCUCAGAGAUAUCAGGUCCCCGAGAGCCCAUGGUAACCUUAAAAGUGGGGGACCAAAACAUUGACUUCAUAGUGGAUACAGGAGCAGAACUGUCGGUAGUAACAAAACCUGUGGCACCUCUGUCCAAAAAUACUACCGCUGUAACUGGGAUAUCGGGAGAAGAGAUGAUUAAAUCAUUUUGCCAGCCCAGAAAAUGUCAGAUGGGGGCGCACCAAGUGAUUCAUGAAUUCCUCUACAUUCCUGAGUGCCCAGUACCCCUGUUGGGAAGAGACUUGCUCUCCAAACUAGGAGCACAAGUGACUUUCUCCCCUGAGGAGAGGCCCACCUUCUGGAUGGACUCUAUGACUUAUUUGCCCUCUCUCUCAGUACCACCCCAAGAUGGGUGGAGGUUGCAUGAGCCUCCGAAGAAAGAACCGGGUAGGCUGGAAGAGCAUGAGAGAGAGUUAUCUCAAUUAUUCCCUGAGGUCUGGGUGGAAGACAACACCCCCUCCCCCCAGGCUGGCUAAACAUCACGCCCCAGUGAUAAUAGAACUCAAACCAGGCACCAUCCCGCUUAGAAAGUGCCAGCACUCGCUAUGGAUAGAGGCCUGAGCCGGCAUACUGCCCCACAUCAACAGAUUGAAACAAGCAGGCAUUCUAGUAGAGUGCCAGUCAGCUUGGAAUUCGCCAAUCCUGCCAGUCCAAAGGGAAGGAGGACAGGACCAUAGGCCAGUACAAGAUCUCAGGCUAGUCAACCAGGCUACUGUGACUUUACACCUCACUGUUCCAAACCCCUAUACCUUACUUAGCCUCCUCCCACCGAGGACUAAAGUUUACAGUUGCCUCGAUCUCAAGGAUGCCUUCUUCUGCAUAUGCCUCAACCAGCGCCACAGUCCAUUUUUGCCUUGGAAUGGGAAGAUCCAGUCGGGAACACCAAACAACAGCUCAUCUGGACUCCCCCACAAGGGUUUAAAAAACUUCCCAGCCAUCUUUGGGGAAGCCUUGGCUUCUGACCUGGACUCAUUCCAUCCAGAAGAGUAUGGAUGUAGGCUCCUACAAUACGGGGAUGACCUGCUGCUGGCUGCCUGAGACCAAGGAAAAAUGCUGGAAAGGGACAAAUGCAUUGCUCCAGCUGUUGAUGGAAGCAGGUUACUGGGUGUCAAAGAAGAAGGCACAGAUCUACAAAGAGGAGGUAAGGUAUCUAGGUUUUCUUUUAAAGAAGGGCUCAAGGUUCCAGACCCUAAUUGGGUCCUAUAUACUGAUGGCACUAGCCUGAUAAAACAAGGACAACGGCUGUCAGGUUAGCCAGAGCGGAAGGGGCCAUCAAGACUGAAAAGAGAGGGUGGGAAUUGCCAAGUGGCAAAUUAUUGGUACUGGAGGAGCUGGCACACACUCUGGUAAGCCAGACACACCAAGCGACCCACCUAGGCCAUGCUGCCUGCUCACGGGUUAAUGCUGCCUCCCGGGGAUUCAGACAAAAUCCUCCAGGUAUUCAGCUGAAAGGCACGCUGCCCCUUGACCACCUGGGAGUGGACUUCACUGAAAUGAAACCUCACCGACACUACCAUUAUCUGCUGGUCAUGGUAUGUACGUUCCCAAGAUGGGUAAAAGCUUUUCCUACCUGGACUGAAAGAACAUCAGAAGUAGCACGGUGCCUGCUUAGGGAAAUAGUUCCCAGAUUUGGAUUUCCUACCAGCAUUGGAUCAGGCAAUGGCCUGGCUUUUGUAACUGAGUUAGUACAACAAAUAAGCAAAACUUUAAACAUCCAGUGGAAACUGCACACUGCAUAUAGGCCCAGAGUUCUGAGAUGGUGGAAUGAGCCAACCGGACACUUAGAGACUCUCCAAGUGGAUCAUAGAGACUGACUGCUCCUGGGUGGACUUGCUUCUGAUGGCUCUGCUCAGACUCAGGAUGACCCCACAGUCCCAAGGCUAUUCUCCAUACGAAAUUGUGUAUGGGAGGCCUCCUCCCAUAAUAAAACAGGUGUCGACAAAUUUGCCUCAGGUAAGGGGGGAUAGGAUUUCACAGCAGAUGGAACUGGGUAAGGUAAUAAAUCGGGUAACUAAGUUUGUACAAGCAAGGGUGCCGUUCCCCCUCGGGGAAUAGAGUCAUGAGUUCACACUUGGUGACCAAGUAUGGGUCAAAGAUUGGAAACAUGAUUUGCUAGCCCUUUGUUGAAAGGGCCCUUAUGUUAUUCUAACUACCCCUACUGCAGUUAAAGUUGCAGGUAUUGUCCCUUGAUCCAUCAUACGAGGGUGAAGAGAGCAUACCACGCAGACCCAGAAAACGCUGAGUGGACUGCACAGAGGGACCACAUUGAUCCUCAAGAGACUAAGACCAUCCUUAAGAAGAAGGAAAAGAAGAUCCCAGACGAGCCCCUUCAGGAUGAAGCCGCACAAUCAACUCCUGCUGCUUGGCCUCAUCAACGUGAUUUUGAAUUUAACUUCUGUCAACUCAGGACAACGUUUUCACCUCAUGGGCACAUUCCUACACGGACUUCCACAACACGUACAACUUCUGGGUAUGUAGGACUAUGCCUCUGUCUGUGAAGGAUGGACUUCCUUGGUGGGUGUCACCGCUCCGCCAAGCAGAUUUUAAACCUCUCUGCUCUUUUCUGGGAUGACAAAGAGACUUUCCUCUCUCUUGUCAAUCAUAACCUCUCCUUGCUCUCUUGGUGUAAGACCUACAGUCAAUAGACUCGGGUCAUGGGGUUACAUUUGAUAUAAAUGCCAGUGUAACAAAAGCCUAACCUACAACAAGCCCCAGUAAAUCGACCUUAUUUACAUGCUAGGUGGACAAGAUCUGUGUUUCAAUGGUAUGAGUAUAUUGCUGCCUUUUUCGUGCCCUCUGUAGGGACAACAAAUAUAUUAUGAUUAAAGUAGAGGCCUUGACUAAUUUCACAAACAGGCCCUCCUAGAUAGAACAGAAGCCAUCCAAGCCUUAAAUGAAGAGCAAAUCUAAAUGAGAAAAGCAGUAAUUCAUAAUAAAAUGGCUUUGGGCAUACUCACAGCUGCUCAAGGAGGGACCUGUGCUAUAAUUAAGGUUGAAUGUUGUGUAUACAUUCCUGACUUAUCUGACAAUGUAUCGACUACUUUAGAUGACAUGAAAAACCAGGUAAAAGCAAUGUCAAAUGAGAACAUUCCUUUCUGGACUUUGGUCCUAUCUUGGGUGAAGAGCAAUUGGUGGAAAACUGUAUUUACCACUGUUAUAGCUGCCUUGAUAGUUCUGCUUUGUGGACCCUGAAUUUUACAAUGUAUUAUGAACUUUGUAACCCGAAGGUUGAUGUCAUUCUCCCUAAUUGGCAGUUGGAGAGGCAGGGUGCAAUAUAUCCCUAUGAAUGAUGCUCAUAAUAUGAGUUAAGAGCACCAAGAGGUGGGAAUGAAGAAGGAAUUCAUAGGGCCUGGACUCCAUCUCAGGCCUGUCUGUGCUGAUCGUGCUAGGCCGCCUCUCCAGUGGACCCUGAACUCUCUGCUUAGUGACUGUGGGAACGACAAUGGAAGGAUAAGACCCCCUCCAGACAGGGGAACCUUGAAGAUCACAUCCAGGUUACUCAUCACCUAAGAGAAAACAGGCACUAAUCACCCCUGCCUCCAGACAGUAUGUAUCAGAAUGUAAGUACAGGCUUAUUGGUUAUUAACUGGUUGGAAUGUAACCACGGGCUUAUUGAUUAUUAACUGUUUGAACACAUAACACAUGAAUGAUGGGGUUAUUGUGAUUGUAUUUACCCUUCCUUUGUAAGCAUCAAGGGAUUGGGGUGGUGGGUUUGGAGAAGUACACAUGGGGUACAAAAGAUUUUCACAAAUGCUGGUUGGGGUCCUUGGCUAAGAGGAGACUCUGCCUUGGGCCCACUGGUGUAAUAAACUGCAAUCCACUA